AUGGCUCAGCACAGGGUACUAUUAGGGAUUUUAGUGUUUAUCACAGAUGUGUGCAAGACCUUUGGCAGCGGGAUCAUAGAGACUUUCAAUAAGACCAUGUUCCAUGUGAAAUCUACAUGUCCUGUAAAACUGACACAAUUUUCUCAUGCGGAAGUCGACUGUUUUAUCUCUGUGCAGCGUGAUCCAAAUGGCUUCAUGAAGAGAGUCGAGAUUGUGGUGAAUAAAGUUGUUUCCAUUAUUCAGGAUGGCAUAUUCACUGUGGAAGGAAAAAGAGUCUCUUUGCCCUAUGACCACACCUAUCAGAGGGUGUACACAUUUGGCAUUUACACCAGGCUUACAAGCAAACUUCUGCCUCUAUCUGUCACAUGGUACAGUUUACCUGAGGGUGUCACUUCACUUUGGGUGCAACUGGACCUGGCCUUAGUGGAUGGGAUGAAAGGGAUGUGUGGGAGACUAAAUAGUUCAGAGGAACAUCGCUGUCCUGGAGAUUUAAAAUUUAAGGAUCAAGGUGCUGCUUUUCCUCCCACCUGCUCCAACCCCCAACUUCAGACAGAAUUCAGUACCAGCACUUGUCUUCCUCCAGAUGGUUUGGUCCUGAACGAUCGAGCUGAAGGCUACCUCACUGUUAAGGUGGAGGACUGUCCUUGUGUGCACAGGGGAAGAACUUAUGCCCCAGGGCAAAGGCGAAGCUCAAAGUGCCAAACUUGUGAAUGCACCAAAGGAAAAUGGAUCUGUUCAGCUAACACUUGUCCGACUCAGUGUGUCAUUGAAGGCUGGUUUGUCACUACCUUUGAUGGUAAACAAUAUUCUCUGCCUGGAAAAUGUACCUAUGUGGCUGCAAGGGGACUCAACUGGACUGUGACCAUCACGUCUUCUGUUAUGCGAAUAGAUGAACUGUACCUUGAUGUGUUUCAGGAACGAUACAACUUCUCGUUAAACAGUGUGAAACUAGGGAAAAAUGAUAUCACUGUCACAGAUCUGUCACAGACCGAGCAUGUCACAGUCUUCUGGCAGUCUUCGAUGUUUGUUAAGAUCCAGACAUCUUUUGGAAUGAAGAUGCAAGUCCAAGUUUCUCCCGAAGUUCAAAUGUACUUGUAUUUGCCACAAAGUGUUACGACCACAGGUCUUUGUGGAUCAUAUAACCACAACACCGAAGAUGAUUUCACUACAAGCAGUGGUAUUGUGGAAAACUCAGCUCAGCCUUUUGCUCUAUCGUGGACAAUGGGGGACUGCACCCCAAAUAACCCCCAUGUAUGCAUCAACACUGACAAUGAGAGAUUUGCUAAAGAUAAGUGCAGCCGGCUGACAAACACAAGUGGUGUGUUUGCCCAGUGCCAUGACUAUGUGCCUGUUAACACUUACUUUGAUGCCUGCAUUCAGAGAACCUGCCAGGCUACUUCUGGCUUAGAGGAGCGUGUGUGUGUUGGCCUGGGAAACUAUGCUAAAGCCUGCGCCAGUCAGGGCAUCGAGAUUGGUGACUGGAGAACAGAAACAGCCUGCACUCCUUCCUGCGACAGUAAUCUGAGGUUUGAUUACGCCAUGCAGGCAUGUAAUCGUACAUGUCGCUCAUUGUCUGGUCCCGACCCGACCUGUGACAUGCCAGAUGACCCAGUGGAGGGCUGCGGAUGCCCAUCUGGCACCCACCUCAACACACCACUCAAGUGCAGCCCUCGUGCCCUCUGCCACUGCAAAUACCCAGGUGGAACAACGCCUCCAGGGCCCGUGGUUAUUGAUGGACGCCAAUGGUAUGCUGUGCUUAUUCUCUGCUGUUCAAUCUCACUGCUGUGUGUCCACAUGGACAAAUAUGUGUCCAUUGUGCACAAACACCAUCUAUACAUUAAAUUGAUUAAUUUUACUGUUUCUGAUUUGCUGUUUCAGAGUGAUGAUACGAGCUGCAUCAGUGGCUGUUACUGUCCAGAGGGCCAGUAUGCAGACCAUAGAGGCAGCUGUGUGACCGAGGAGAAUUGCACAUGUGAAUUCAGUGGGGCAGUUUAUGCAUCUGGGCUGAGCGUGAAGUCAAACUGUAAAACAUGCAUUUGCAGAGGAGGCCAAUGGGACUGUAAAGGUGAUCCAUGCCCCGGAGUUUGUGAAGUGUUUGGCAAUGGACAAUAUAAGACCUUUGAUUCCAAAUGGUAUCGCUUCGAUGGCCACUGUCAGUACACUCUGGUUGAGGUAAGUUAUGACGCUGGCACCAAAGAGCUGUUUUCCAUUAAAGCAGAGAGUGUACCUUGCUGUGAUGAAGUUCUAACCUGUUCCCGCUCCAUCUCAGUGAAACUCAGGGAUGAAAAACAGAAUGAAGUGACUCUAAUCUUGCGUGAUAUGAAUGUAACUGAGAAGCUCCAGGAAAAGUCGAACUUCAGUGCUCAGUCACUGUAUUCUGUCCACACCGUGGGUCUGUACAUCAUUAUCUCUGUGACAGAACUGGGCAUCAGUGUGAUUUGGGACAAGCAAACCAGAGUCAAAAUUGAGUUGCAGACCAGAUGGAAUGGUAAAGUGCGGGGCCUGUGUGGUAACUUUGAUGGGAAGUUAAUGAAUGACAUGCUGACGAGCAGCUCCACUGUAGUUUUCAACACACUGGAGUUUGGGAACAGCUGGAAGGCAGCCGUGCCCCCCUGUUCGGAUGUGACCAAAGAAUUGUUUCCCUGUGAACACCACUCCUACUGCGCUACUUGGGCACAGAGACGCUGCAUGAUUCUACACAGUGACACAUUUAAAGACUGCCACAUAAAGGUUGAUCCAACACCUUACUACCAGGCCUGUAUUCUGGAAUCAUGCUCCUGUGAUUUUGAGGGCAAGUUCCUGGGUUUCUGCACAGCUGCAGCAGCAUACGCUGAUGCCUGCACAACUCAAAAUGUCUGUAUCAAAUGGAGAACUCCAGACCGGUGCCCGGUCUAUUGUGACUAUUACAAUGAAGAGGGUCAGUGCAGCUGGCAUUAUGAAGCAUGUCCUCAACAAAUUAAAACUUGUGGGAAAAACAACAAAUUCUCUGGAAAGCUUGAAGGUUGUUACCCACGGUGCCCUGCUGAGAUGCCUUAUUAUGAUGAGAACACAAAAAAGUGUUCCAACAACUGCCUCACAACUCCAGAAACCACAACCACAACUCCAGAAACCACAACUCCAGAAACCACAACUCCAGGAACCACAACUACAAAAACCACAACCACAACUCCAGAAACCACAACUACAACCCCAACUCCAGAAACCACAACUCCAGGAACCACAACUCCAGGAACCACAACUACAAAAACCACAACCACAACUCCAGGAACCACAACUCCAGAAACCAUUACCACAGUUCCAGAAACCACAGCCACAACUUCAGAAACCACAACCACAAUUACAGAAACCACAACUACAACUCAAGAAACCACAACUCCAGGAACCACAACUACAAAAACGACAACCAUGAUUCCAGAAACCACAACCACAACUCCAGAAACCACAACUACAACCACAAUUACAGAAACCACAACUACAACCACAACUACAAAAACCACAACUCCAGGAACCACAACUACAAAAACCACAACCACAACCCCAGAAACCACAACCACAACUCCAGAAACCAUGACCACAGUUCCAGAAACCAUAACCACAAGUAUAGAAACUGCAACUCCAGAAACCACAACUCCAGGAACCACAACUACAAAAACCACAACCCCAGAAACAACAACCACAACUCCAGAAACCAUGACCACAGUUCCAGAAACCAUAACCACAAGUAUAGAAACUGCAACUCCAGAAACCACAACUACAACCACAACUCCAGGAACCACAACUACAAAAACCACAACCCCAGAAACCACAACCACAACUCCAGAAACCAUGACCACAGUUCCAGAAACCAUAACCAGAAGUAUAGAAACUGCAACUCCAGAAACCACAACUACAACCACAACUCCAGGAACCACAACUCCAGGAGCCACAACUCCAGAAACCACAACCAUAACUCCAGGAACCACAACUACAAAAACCACAACCACAACUUCAGAAACCACAAUCACAACUCCAGAAACCACAACUACAGAAACCACAACUCCAGGAAUCACAACUCCAGAAACCACAACUACAACCACAACUCCAGGAACCACAACUCCAGGAACCACAACUCCAGGAGCCACAACUCCGGAAACCACAACCACAACUCCAGGAACCACAACUACAAAAACCACAACCACAACUUCAGAAACCACAAUAACAACUCCAGAAACCACAACUACAGAAACCACAACUCCAGGAAUCACAACUCCAGAAACCACAACUACAAUCACAACUCCAGGAACCACAACUACAAAAAUCACAACCACAAUUCCAGAAAUCACAACCAUAACUCCAGAAACAACAACCACAAAGACAAUUACAGAAACCACAACCACAACUCCAGAAUCCACAACUCCAGGAACCACAACUACAAAAACCACAACCACAAUUCCAGAAACCACAACCACAACUCCAGAAACAACAACUACAACCACAAUUACAGAAACCACAACUACAACCACAACUCCAGAAACCACUACUCCAGGAACCACAACUACAAAAACCACAACCACAACCCCAGAAACCACAACCACAACUCCAGAAACCAUGACCACAGUUCCAGAAACCAUAACCACAAGUAUAGAAACUGCAACUCCAGAAACCACAACUCCAGGAACCACAACUACAAAAACCACAACCACAAUUCCAGAAACCACAACCACAACUCCAGGAACCACAACUACAAAAACCACAACCACAACUCCAGAAACCACAACUCCAGAAACCACAACUCCAGAAACCACAACCACAACUCCAGAAACCACAACCACAACUACAAAAACCACAACCACAACCCCAGGAACCCCAACUCCAGAAACCAUGACCACAGUUCCAGAAACCAUAACCACAAGUAUAGAAACUGCAACUCCAGAAACCACAACUACAACAACAACUCCAGGAACCACAACUACAAAAACCACAACCCCAACUCCAGAAACCAUGACCACAGUUCCAGAAACCAUAACCACAAGUAUAGAAACUGCAACUCCAGGAACCACAACUCCAGGAGCCACAACUCCAGAAACCACAACCACAACUCCAGGAACCACAACUACAAAAACCACAACCACAACUUCAGAAACCACAAUCACAACUCCAGAAACCACAAUCACAACUCCAGAAACCACAACUACAGAAACCACAACUCCAGGAAUCACAACUCCAGAAACCACAACUACAAUCACAACUCCAGGAACCACAACUACAAAAAUCACAACCACAAUUCCAGAAAUCACAACCAUAACUCCAGAAACAACAACCACAAUGACAAUUACAGAAACCACAACUCCAGGAACCACAACUACAAAAACCACAACCACAACUCCAGAAACCACAAUUCCAGAAACCACAACUCCAGAAACCACAACUCCAGGAACCACAACUCCAAAAACCACAACCAUGAUUCCAGAAACCACAGCCACAACUCCAGAAACAACAACUACAACCACAACUACAGAAACCAUAACUCCAGGAACCACAACUACAAAAACCACAACUCCAGAAACCACAACUACAACCACAACUCCGGGAACUACAACUACAAAAACCACAACCACAACUCCAGGAACCAUGACCACAGUUCCAGAAACCAUAACCACAAGUAUAGAAACUGCAACUCCAGAAACCACAACUACAACCACAACUCCAGGAACCACAACUCCAAAAACCACAACCAUGAUUCCAGAAACCACAGCCACAACUCCAGAAACAACAACUACAACCACAACUACAGAAACCAUAACUCCAGGAACCACAACUACAAAAACCACAACUCCAGAAACCACAACUACAACCACAACUCCGGGAACUACAACUACAAAAACCACAACCACAACUCCAGGAACCAUGACCACAGUUCCAGAAACCAUAACCACAAGUAUAGAAACUGCAACUCCAGAAACCACAACUACAACCACAACUCCAGGAACCACAACUACAAAAACCACAACCCCAUCUCCAGAAACCACAACUACAACCACAACUCCAGGAACCACAACUACAAUUCCAGAAACCACAACCACAACUCCAGAAACCACAACCACAACUUCAGAAACCAUUACAACAGUUCCAGAAACCAUAACCACAAGUAUAGAAACUGCAACUCCAGAAACCACAACUCCAGGAACCACAACUACAAAAACCACAACCCCAACUCCAGAAACCACAACUACAACCACAACUCCAGGAACCACAACUCCAGAAACCAUUACCACAGUUCCAGAAACCACAGCCACAACUCCAGAAACCACAACCACAAUUACAGAAACCACAACCACAACGCCAGAAUCCACAACUCCAGGAACCACAACUACAAAAACGACAACCAUGAUUCCAGAAACCACAACCACAACUCCAGGAACCACAACUACAAAAACCACAACCCCAGAAACCACAACCCCAACUCCAGAAACCAUGACCACAGUUCCAGAAACCAUAACCACAAGUAUAGAAACUGCAACUCCAGAAACCACAACUACAACCACAACUCCAGGAACCACAACUCCAGUAGCCACAACUCCAGAAACGACAACCACAACUCCAGGAACCACAACUACAGAAACCACAACUCCAGGAAUCACAACUCCAGAAACCACAACUACAAUCACAACUCCAGGAACCACAACUACAAAAAUCACAACCACAAUUCCAGAAAUCACAACCAUAACUCCAGAAACAACAACCACAACGACAAUUACAGAAACCACAACCACAACUCCAGAAUCCACAACUCCAGGAACCACAACUACAAAAACCACAACCACAAUUCCAGAAACCACAACCACAACUCCAGAAACCAUGACAACAGUUCCAGGAACCAUAACCACAAGUAUAGAAACUGCAACUCCAGAAACCACAACUACAACCACAACUCCAGAAACCACAACUCCAAAAACCACAACCAUGAUUCCAGAAACCACAGCCACAACUCCAGAAACAACAGCUACAACCACAAUUACAGAAACCACAACUACAACCACAACUCCAGAAACCACAACUCCAGGAACCACAACUACAAAAACCACAACCACAACCACAGAAACCACAACCACAACUCCAGGAACCAUGACCACAGUUCCAGAAACCAUAACCACAAGUAUAGAAACUGCAACUCCAGAAACCACAACUCCAGGAACCACAACUACAAAAACCACAACCACAAUUCCAGAAACCACAACCACAACUCCAGGAACCACAACCACAACUCCAGAAACCACAACUCCAGAAACCACAACUCCAGAAACCACAACUCCAGUUCCAGAAACCACAACCACAACUCCAGAAACCACAACCACAACUACAAAAACCACAACCACAACCCCAGGAACCACAACUCCAGAAACCAUGACCACAGUUCCAGGAACCAUAACCACAAGUAUAGAAACUGCAACUCCAGAAACCACAACUACAACAACAACUCCAGGAACCACAACUACAAAAACCACAACCCCAACUCCAGAAACCAUGACCACAGUUCCAGAAACCAUAACCACAAGUAUAGAAACCGCAACUCCAGGAACCACAACUCCAGGAGCCACAACUCCAGAAACCACAACCACAACUCCAGGAACCACAACUACAAAAACCACAACCACAACUUCAGAAACCACAAUCACAACUCCAGAAACCACAACUACAGAAACCACAACUCCAGGAAUCACAACUCCAGAAACCACAACUACAAUCACAACUCCAGGAACCACAACUACAAAAAUCACAGCCACAAUUCCAGAAAUCACAACCAUAACUCCAGAAACAACAACCACAACGACAAUUACAGAAACCACAACCACAACUCCAGGAACCACAACUACAAAAACCACAACCACAAUUCCAGAAACCACAACCACAACUCCAGAAACCAUGACCACAGUUCCAGGAACCAUAACCACAAGUAUAGAAACUGCAACUCCAGAAACCACAACUACAACCACAACUCCAGAAACCACAACUCCAGGAACCACAACUCCAAAAACCACAACCAUGAAUCCAGAAACCACAGCCACAACUACAGAAACCAUAACUCCAGGAACCACAACUACAAAAACCACAACCACAAUUCCAGAAACCACAACCACAACUCCAGAAACCACAACUACAACCACAACUCCGGGAACUACAACUACAAAAACCACAACCACAACUCCAGGAACCAUGACCACAGUUCCAGAAACCAUAACCACAAGUAUAGAAACUGCAACUCCAGAAACCACAACUACAACCACAACUCCAGGAACCACAACUACAAAAACCACAACCCCAUCUCCAGAAACCACAACUACAACCACAACUCCAGGAACCACAACUACAAUUCCAGAAACCACAACCACAACUCCAGAAACCACAACCACAACUUCAGAAACCAUUACAACAGUUCCAGAAACCAUAACCACAAGUAUAGAAACUGCAACUCCAGAAACCACAACUACAACCACAACUCCAGGAACCACAACUACAAAAACCACAACCCCAACUCCAGAAACCACAACCCCAACUCCAGAAACCAUGACCACAGUUCCAGAAACCAUAACCACAAGUAUAGAAACUGCAACUCCAGAAACCACAACUACAACCACAACCCCAGGAACCACAACUCCAGGAGCCACAACUCCAGAAACCACAACCACAACUCCAGGAACCACAACUACAAAAACCACAACCACAACUUCAGAAACCACAAUCACAACUCCAGAAACCACAACUACAGAAACCACAACUCCAGGAAUCACAACUCCAGGAACCACAACUACAAAAAUCACAACCACAAUUCCAGAAAUCACAACCAUAACUCCAGAAACCACAACUCCAGGAACCACAACUACAACAACCACAACGACAAUUACAGAAACCACAACCACAACUCCAGAAACCACAACUCCAGGAACCACAACUACAAAAACCACAACCACAAUUCCAGAAACCACAACCACAACUCCAGAAACCAUGACAACAGUUCCAGGAACCAUAACCACAAGUAUAGAAACUGCAACUCCAGAAACCACAACUACAACCACAACUCCAGAAACCACAACUCCAGGAACCACAACUCCAAAAACCACAACCAUGAUUCCAGAAACCACAGCCACAACUCCAGAAACAACAACUACAACCACAAUUACAGAAACCACAACUACAACCACAACUCCAGGAACCACAACUACAAAAACCACAACCACAAUUCCAGAAACCACAACUCCAGGAACCAUAACCACAACUACAAAAACCACAACCACAACUCCAGAAACCACAACUCCAGGAACCACAACUCCAGAAACCAUUACAACAGUUCCAGAAACCACAACCACAACUCCAGAAACCACAACUCCAGAAACCACAACUACAACCCCAGGAACCCCAACUCCAGAAACCAUGACCACAGUUCCAGAAACCAUAACCACAAGUAUAGAAACUGCAACUCCAGAAACCACAACUACAACCACAACUCCAGUAACCACAACUACAAAAACCACAACCCCAGAAACCACAACCACAACUCCAGGAACCACAACUACAAAAACCACAACCCCAGAAACCACAACCACAACUCCAGAAACCAUGACCACAGUUCCAGAAACAACAACCACAAGUAUAGAAACUGCAACUCCAGAAACCACAACUACAACCACAACUCCAGGAACCACAACUCCAAAAACCACAACCAUGAUUCCAGAAACCACAACCACAACUCCAGAAACCACAACUACAACCACAACUCCGGGAACUACAACUACAAAAACCACAACCACAACUCCAGAAACCAUGACCACAGUUCCAGAAACCACAACCACAACUAUAGGAACUGCAAUUCCAGAAACCACAACUACAACCACAACUCCAGAAGCCAUAACUACAAGCACAACAGCAGAAACCACAACACAGCAAACAACACAGCUAAGGAUAAAAACUGGGCCAACACCCAUUCACUCCACUAAGCAUCAAGUGGUAAAUACUACUCUAGGAACCACAACUACAGUAACAACUACUACUACCAAAGAACCUACAACUAGACCAGAGACCCCAGGAGUCACACUGCCAGCAACAACCCCACAUAUUCCAGAAUGCAAGGAUCCACAGAGAAACAAAUCAUGGCCAAAUGGUGCUCAGUGGACAGAGGGCUGCUCCAAUAAUACUUGCAAAGGGGGUGUUAUUCAGAUAACACCCAUAAUAUGUCCAACUCCAGUCAUUCCAGUGUGCCCCAGAGGAACUGCAAAGCUGGUAAAAGAUAAGCAAGGCUGUUGUAUGUCCAGAUACUGUGACUGUCAAUGUGAUGUCUACGGAGACCCACAUUAUACUACCUUUGAAGGACAGAACUUUGACUUCUUAGAAAACUGUACAUACAUUCUGGUGGAGGAAAGGAUUUCACGUCACCAUCUCAAAAUCAGUGUUGACAAUUAUUACUGUGAACCAUCUGCAUCCUGUGUCAAGGGCAUCAUUCUGAAAUACCGUAACAACACAGCCAUACUUCGAGUGCUUCCAGAAAAAAAGCCCGUAGUAGAAGUUAUUCUGAAUCAUGUGACAAUACAGCCACCAUAUCAAGCAGGUGGACUUAGGUUUGAGAGUACAGGUAACAUGGUUUACCUUUACAUUGAAGAGAUCCGCUCAUACAUCUCUCUCAGUGCAAAAAACACACUGCAGGUCAAUCUGGCAAUGGAGCACUUCCUUAAUAACACACAGGGACAGUGUGGUGUUUGUGGAGGUGCCUCAUGUAUACGCAGGGAUGGUUCAGUUGAGAAUAAGGACUGCUGUGAUAAGACUGCAUAUGAGUGGAUAGAGGAUGAUCCACUGAAACCAUACUGUCAACAAGCCCCGCGGCAUGUCACUUGUUCCCAUGAAAUAACACCAACACCACCUAUUUCUCCAACAAAAAUACCACCUUGCAUGGCUCCUCUCUGUGAGCUCCUCAGACAUGAAGUGUUCAAUGUAUGCAGUAGUAACAUUGAUGUGGAGAAGCUGGUGAGUAACUGCAAGUUUGAUUACUGUGUGGCCCACAACAACGCCACUGUGUGUUCCCCACUAGAGCGUCUAGCUGAUCACUGCAAGAAGAUGGGCUUCUGUGUGGCCUGGAGAAACCUCACCAAGGGAAUUUGUGACAUUACUUGUCCUGAAGGAAUGAUUUUCAAUGAAUGCCGGAGAACUCCAUCUGAUUUCUGCCAUGGCGGUGUGCGUGUUCCGGGGACAAUUUUGGAUACAAUGUGGUCUGGUUGCUUCUGCCCAGAUGGCCAGCUACUUGCUGAGAAACACAAGGAGAUCUGUGUAUCUGAAUGCACCAACUGUAAAGGCCCACUGGGACAACCCAUGCCGGUUGGGGCAAUAUGGGAGUCAAAUUGCCACAUGUGUACAUGCAGUAAUCAGACGCUGACAGAAAAAUGCUGGCCAAAACCUUCAGCUACACCUCCCACAUGCAGUCCUGGCUCUGCUCUCAUCUCUGACUGCUGCAACAACCAGAUAUGCGUUGAGAAGACUUGUGAAUACAAUGGAACAAAAUAUAAGGUGGGUGAAACAUGGAGGGACCCCCACAGUCCCUGUUUAACAUUUAACUGUACAAGAGAAGGCACUGAAAUAGAGCGGAGAGUAUGUCCACAGCAGUUCUGUUCUGAGGAUCUCCGUAUUUGGGAUGAGCAUCAUUGCUGCUAUUCAUGCAACACAACGUGUGGAGUCAGACUGUCCAGAAUGACUGUUGAGAACUGCACUCAGGAGGUGAUGCUGCCCACCUGUGAAGGCAACUGUGCAUCAGGCUCCCUGUGGGUGAGGUCUGGGAAAGGUCCGCAGUUACAGCAUAACCAGGUCUGCUGCAAAGAGAGAGACUACGAGAUAAGAGAGGUUUAUCUGGUUUGCAGCGGAGCCCCAGCCACAAAGUACACAUACAAACACAUCACCAGCUGUGAGUGCCAGUAGUCUGAAGUCAGAAAACCAGGUGGUUACAACUACAAUUCAUACAUAUAUCUGUGGUGCGAUUUGAUUUGCAUGAUUUGUUAUUUUUCAUAUGAUCAGUGCAUUGUGAUUGAAGGUUUGAUUACAGUUUUUUCUUUUUUUUUUGGUAAUAUCCGGUGUUUUCUGCUUUCUACUGUGAAUAUUCAAUGCCAAAAACAAAUAUGGAUUCCCUGUGAGAUGUUUACUGUCUUUCAUUACAUUUUCCAAGUCAUUUGAUUAAAUACUAAAAUUGAAGAAUAUCAGGUUUAAAUGGUAAUCUAAUAUAGCUAUCAAAUGGUAAUCUAAUCAAAUGGUAAUCUAAUAUAGCUAUUUGCUUUUUGUUUCUUUCUUUUCAAGAAUGGUGGUAAAUGAUCAUCUAAUGCCUCUUAUGAUGUAUUCAUAUGAUAUAAUCAGAGAAUAAAGAUAUGC